UGUAUCCGCCAUGAAUUCUCCAUUAAUAAUAGUUGACCAAAUAAUUCAUUGCUUUACAUUUCUGUUAAUUAUCAAUUCAUCCAGUAAAUAUAUUUUUUAGUCUUCCACAAUAUUACGGAGUGAUCGUUAUACAAAAAAUGUUUUAAAUACAAUUUGAAAUUGUUAUUUUUAUUUAACAGAAUGCAUGCGCCAUAAUAUGUGUAACGUGUUUUAAAUUAUUUCAUUCAAGCUCGGUAUAGCUUCAUCGAGGUGUAUAAAAAAUAUAAACGUUAUAGUUCUGUCCUUUACAUAGAAGACGGUUAUUAUAAACAGUGAAAAUGAGCUCGGGUUUUAUAUCAGAGGCCGAACUUGCCGAACAACGACGAAUGCGACAAGAGGAAUGGGAACGUGUGCGAACUGCUGAUCAGCCUUUAGAACCCCCAGAGGAAGUUUAUGAUCCUAGAUCAUUAUACGAGAGAUUACAAGAACAGAAGAAUAAAAGGGACUUGGAAUAUGAAGAAGCGCAUAAAUUAAAAAAUAUGAUCAAAGGAUUAGAUGAUGAUGAAGUAGAAUUUUUGGAUUUGGUAGAUAGAACUAAAAUGGAAGAGGAACGUAAAAAAAAUCUUGAGGAGCAAAAAGAAAUGCGUGAUUUUAAAGCUGCAGUUGCUUCACUUCAAGAACAGAAAUUAAAUGAAAAAUUAAAACAAGAAUUAAAAAACCCACCAGUCAGUAGUAAAAAUGCUGUUUGUGGAAGCCGGUCUUCACAAUUAAAGCUGCCUGCAGGUGUUGUGUUAAAACGACCUGACAAGCAAAAACAAGGGGAAGUUAAGGAACUUAAAGGAAUUAAAAGAAAGUUAUCCUCAACUGAUGCAGAUACUAUGAAAAAGAAAGAACUGCAUGCAUCUUGUGAGCAAGCAACAGAUACAUCUAAUCUUGAAUCAGAUAAACAGAAUGAUAAAAAUAUCCUUAAUCAAGUUAAUAAAAGUAAUGGAUAUAGUGGACUCAAAUGUAUCGGCAUAUUACCCGGUCUUGGAACAUAUGAUAAUUCUAGUGACAGUGAUUGCAGUUCUGAUACAGACCAGGAGACUGAACCAAAUCCUUCCAUAUACGAUAUGUUAGGCCGAAAAAUAAAACCUUGUAAAGAUAAGGAAGAAAAAAGUUGAAUAUUACAUAUAUAUACACACGCGCAUACAUAGAUAUAUAUAUGUAUGUAUGCACGAAUCACAGACUUUUAUAUAUUUAUUAUUUCAUAUGUCAUCAUGUGAGAUAUAGCAGUGUUAACAGUGUAGGUAUAAUACAUAGAAGUCUGUGAAUAUAUUGAAGGUCAUGUUUGUGAAUAUAGAAAAUUGAUUAUUAUGUUGCAAUUAUUAAUUGUGUUUGAAAUACGUGACUAUAUUUCUACUACAUUUAGCCAAUAUAUACCCACAUAAUGUAUUUGUAUUAUAAAAAACUCAUAUGAAUAAUAAACUCAAAUUAUAUAUAAUAAUUUUAUAAUCAAAGUUUAAGUAUUUCACACAAGGCUUAAUUCCAAUAAUCUUAAUUAACUAUUUCAUCACAAUCCUAAAUUUUGAUGUAUAUACAAUUCAAUUGUAGUAUGAUAGAAGAAUCUGUGUAAAAUGGAACAUUGGUAAUUUGUUAGUAAA